AUGGAAGCAAAAAGACAAGAAAUGAAGUUAGCACUUAUUGGCAUGGGAUUUGAGGAAAGUAAGGUUGAUAAUGUGUUAAUGCUAACAGAUGACUUUGAAGACGCAGUCACUUAUUUGACUGAAGGCAUCAAUGCCAAUCAAAUAGCUCUUUCUAUAAAAAACAACAUUAUUUCUCAGCUCAAAGAAAUGGGAUUCUCUUCAGACAUUGCAAACAUGGCUGCAGAACGAUACAAAAUAAUUAGAGAAGCAGCAGAGUUUGCUACCAACGCUUCCAUGUGAGAUCUUCAAGGCGAUAGGCCUCAAUACAACCUUCGUCCAAUCAUACCUCCUCCUCUUCCCGCUCCGCUUCCCAACACUAAGCAGAGAAUUGUGGACCAACUCAGAGAGUUCGGUUUUGACAAUGCCAAAGCUCAAGAAAUCUCGAAUAAAUUCAACAAUUAUGAGGAAGCAAUAGAAUAUGCUACUAGCACAAUACACUUAAACCAAGCACCUCAGCCCCCACAAAUAGAGCCAGAACGGCUAUAUCUUAUUUGAUUGGAAUAUUUUGAUAGGAUAGCUUGAAGGUUUUGAUAGUGAGAUAUUUACACUGAUAAGCCACUAUGAGAAAAAUAAAUUUUUAAUGGAUAAUACAGUAGCAAAACUUUCGGAGCAAAAGCAUGCAUCAAGCCAGAACCGAAUCCACAAGAAUACGAAGACCCUGAAAACGAGCUUGAUAUAAGAGACAUUAGUAUUAACCUUUACCGCUCAGGGAUUCCUGCUGAGGAAGCAUUUGCAAGGAUAUUGCAGUGGCUUGGGAAUGAAUAUGUGGAAGAUCAUCAAAUUGUGGAAGUUCCUCAUCCAUUCCCAUCACGAACAAUUGCUCGAAGAGACUUUUAUGGUCAAAAUCCCCAAGCUCAAUCUAUAUAUAUAUCUCCAGAGUCAAUCAAUAUUGAAGGAAGAAAAAUUCGAGGAACGUCAAGAGAAGAAAUUAUCGACAUUCUUGGAGAGCUGUACCCUCCCAAAGGAGCUUCAGAAGAAGCUAAGAGCAAAAUUUCAGAAAUUUUGUACAGAAAUUCGAUGAGUCAAAAGGAAUGCGUAAUUUGUCAAGAAGAUUUUAAGCACAAUGAUCGGCUAUUUCAAUUGCCCUGCUCUCACAUUUACCAUAAGAAAUGCAUAACUAAGUGGCUCGCAAUGAGCGAAGCUUGUCCAGUUGAUAACCUUAAAAUUGAGUAA